UAGCAAAAGUUAUUCCAUGAACCCCUCUCUCACGUUCGAUUAAUGCAACACAAAAGUCUAGUCAGAUUACUGGAGGGAUAGGAAAAAGUAGCACAGAACGAGGCAAGACCGCGACACACAUUGGCAGGUACCGUCCUCGGAGUCUUCUGUUGUCGUUCUUAGUUUGACUUGCUUCACAACUGCUCUAAGCCCCCCGGUAAUUGAGCAGCUGUGGGACCACGCGUAGGGCACAGGAAUGCAUUACAGAAACACAUAUUGCCUUCUACUACAAAAACUGUGAUCGAUUUAAAUCAUCCCUCCCUGUGUACUGCUGUGUCCGCUGCAGAGCGCACAUGGACUGCUGAAGUAAUUACAAUAAGUGUUGUCCUGGAACUUAAUUCCAAUCAUCGGUUGAACUGUGACACCGAUACCGACAACGAACAAAACUUACUAGGCCGCUAUGCGCAUGGUUUAAUUCGGAUAUUCCUUUUAGUUUAAUGUUGCUUUAAGUUAACUUUCCAGCUACACACAAUCACGUGCAAUUUUGAAAUUCAUAAAAAGGCCACCGGCAAAGAGAUACGUAUGUAACGCAGGGCGUGAUGUACCGCCUACGAAAUGCCUCGUUGCCCGGCUGCAGAAGAAGUAGUUGGAAACAUCGAAAAGGGGAUACCCUAGGAGUAGUGGAAUGAUUAGCUAGCUAUCUGUGGGUCGUAAGGGUGUCGAUCGACACACAAGCACACGAUAUCCGUGUAUAAACACCACCAAAAGACUGGAAUAUUGAUGAGAAAUCGAGGUUUUGUUAAGGGUUUUGUUCCUUCCACAAUUAACUUCUGUCAGAGACCACCACCACAAGGAGCUUUCGAUGGGGGCAGACAGAGACAGAAAUAAUUUAUCCGGUAAACUAGAGAAAAAGAACGAAUCAAUCCCACCUAUUAACGAAUACAAACUGGCCACAACACACCACGGGUGCAAGCAUCGGUGUUGUCUUUGAUUCUUGAAGGCGCCUGGUUGUUGUCUCAGGAAGUAAAAACAAGGACAGCGACCCGGUUUGCGUGACGGCCCGUAGAUAGAAUUAAAAUUACCUAUGCCCGCACGGCCACGGCAGCAGUAGCGUCCCAACCAGGGGAUUGGUUAUACUAUGGGCGCCAUUCAAAGUUCCUAUCUUAUGUUGUUGUACCAUUUCCCAGCAAAUUUCACCUUAAAUUAUUCGUCGAGACCACGGAAGGACAAGCUAAUUGUUGUUGAAGGACAUGUUGCUACAGAAAGGAAGUAGGAUGAAAGGAUUUUUAUUCCUUUCCUUCUGUGGCCAUCGAGAACGCAAGCGCAAAAGGUGGACAUUAGUGCAUUAUCCGUCUCGUUUCAUAGUUUAUCUUGUGAUGCUUAUGGGUUCAAAACUACCAGCAAAUAAGAGAAGGGCAGACACAGGACUACGCAGGGGACCCACAAAACACACCCAACAUUGCACUAUAUUGGCUGUAUCAACGUACUACAGCAGCAUGUGGAGCAUAAUAGGACACGAUCUUAGUUAGAUAAACAAAAAAAUAUGGAUAGAGAAACAGGCACUUUCGAUUCGGCUGCUUAAAGUGGCUCGAAUGACUCCGUUUCUAUCUGUUGUCUGGCACGGGAAAGCUAUCACAUCUGUAACAUGUUUUUGUCGUUGUUUGCAAGACCCGGGGCCCGGUUCGCAUGUAUUGUGUUGCUUGCAUGUAGCCUUCUUUAUUUUAAAUCCGAUGCUUCGGAACACAGACCGCCCAUGGGCGACCCUACUCUCCGCUCUGCCGUCUGGGGAGCCAAAAGAGAACCCGAAGAAGCAAGUAUCAUCAAAUGUGGCCAACAAUACGUACCAAAUAUGGCAAGCAAACAUUUGCCGUCGUAAAAUAGUGCGGAAAACACUGGCGUGUUACUGCGGCGUUGCGUCGAAAAGAGAGAAAAAUGCUUAUGAAAAUCCUCGUACAAAAACAUGAAGCUUUGAUUUGCAGGAACACAGGAGAAAGUAGGAAAACAUAAAAGUCAUUCAUCAUUGGUAGUAGGAGUAAAGUGUAGGGCAACAGGACAAGCAGCAUCAUCACUAUUAGUAUGAGGCAACACGCCCGUGUGGUUAUCUGUGAUGAUGGAGUGAAAGGAUUUACGCGAUACUUGAACACACUAAGUAUUAUAGAAAGAGACGACGAAGGACGAAGACAGGAGGAAUUUAGGUGAUGCGUAAUGCCAGCCACAACUACAAGCCAAGUCAAAAGAGGACACGAUCGUUCCCGGUGAAUGAGAAUCUUUCGUUAGUUUCUUUUUGUUUCACUUUUUCCGUUCGAGAUUCCGUUCUUUGGUUGCUGUUCAACUUUACCCUUCUGAAUCUGAAGGGUCUUCUAAACAAUAAUGUAUAAGUGUGUGUUUUUGAUGUGUGUCCGCCAACGGCCCGGCCGCUCUGGCGAAAACAGAAACUCUUAGUAUCGAUAAUUACACCGCUGCUUGCUACAGCACCUAAUGUUAUGAAAGUACGCGGGAAGAUAUAAGGUACACACUAAUC